UGCCUGGAUGCACCACGGACGCGCGCGCGCGCGCACGCACACAUGCACAUUCAGCAGCUCCGCCUCCUCUGCAGUGUAGCGACUGCUAGCGAGGACAGCAAUGGAGGAGUCAGCUGGGCAGCAGGAGAAAAUAGAAGGAGCGUGGGAAGGGAGGCACGAUGGAGGCAAGGACGACUGGAAGAACGAGUGCUCCAUCUCCUCCUUCCUCAAACACUCCUGCCUGCGCUGCUGGUCGACGUCCAGGGACGCAGACAUGGCGGAAACAGAUGAGAGAGUCCUUGCCAAGGCGGCGGAGAUCAGAGUAAGAAGACCGCAGCACCUAGCGCUGGAGCUGGAAAAUGCUUUGACUGUGGAGAAUUUAGAACUUCAAGAACAGCAGUCGGACCGCAAGGAGCUGGAGGAGACUCUGGUUAAACUAGACAACCACAAAGACAAGCUAAUACAGCAGAUAAAGACCACAAGGCAGCUGUGCUAUGAAGAGAGUCAGCAGAUCCUGUCUCUACAAGCAGAAGAGGUACGGAAGGAGAGCCAGGUGGAAGAGUUUGAGGGAGAACUCGCCAGAGCCAGGUGGAGACUUCGGAAGCUCAGAGAGGAGGUGAAACACGCCAAGAGAAGGGUAGAGGAGGCUGGAGAGAGAAACACUCCUCUGCAAGACUCCAUCAGGCAGUCCUACGAAGAGAUCCUGCAGGAGGAGAACACGCUGUGUUCUUUGUCAGGUGGUGCUGUCACUCCAGAAAGCCAGCUGGAGGAGUCAACAUCUCCUGCAGACACCACUGAAGAUGACCCGCUGCCUUUGAGGCCGUGGGGAAGAAGUCAGUCGCUGCCCGCCUACGCUGACCUGAUAAUGAGGACCAGUGGCUCAUCUUUCUGCAAUAAUCUAGCAGCUACCACAGAAGCAGACAAUUGUGAUACCAGCUCACCAAAGAUAUUCGGUUCUGACACGGAGGACACCCCUGAGGAGGAGAUCAGCAAUACAAGAGUACCACAGCAGGAGAACCAGUGCACCCUUAAGCCUGGGGUUCUGAGCCAUUUGGACUUCUACCAAGCCGACCCCUUUUCCCACUGUCAGAGAGACCAUGACCUCUUCAAUGAUGAACUUUUCCCCAACUGUGACUUAUCUGAUGGAUUCACAUCCGACCCUUUCAAAGGCAGCAACCCCUUUUCGGCAGAUGUUUUAUUCCCAGAGGUGAACGCCGGCACUGAUGAUGCGGACACCAGUUUAUCCUGUGCUGAAAACAAAGCCUCAACAGGAACUCAGUGUUUUGAAUCUGAAUUCCCAGAAGAAGGCAGUGACAUAGAGAUUAGCUAUAGCACUGAGGACCUGGAAGCCAUGACUAUGGUUGACGAGUCCCUUGGAUUUAAACCCAUUCAGAGCUCCUCAGAGGAGCUCGGACCACAACCUAUCCACGGAUGGAGGACUCAUUCUACAGAAUCAGACCCUAAUGGGUAUGAGCUGGACCUCGGUGCCAUCUCCCCUCCUUCUGACAUAGAGGAACAAAGUCUGUGGUCGUUAGCAAAGCUAGAAGAAGGUGUGACUUCAAUGGUCCCUGACCUCAAAAAGCAGGUGUUAUCUCAGCCAGACUGGACCGACACUGAGCAAACUCUGCCACCUACUGUCUGCUCCACUCAGGCAGAAGAAUGUGUUAACAAUAUCAAAGAGGAGUCUCCAGAUAUGAACUCAGUUGACUUUGACAACAGACCAGGUCCAAACCAAAAGCUCAGCUUUGAGCUGAGUUACAAUCUCACUAGUGAACCGUCCUUUGACCCAUAUGGAUUUAAACUUAGUCCAGAACAUGUUAGUCAUACACUUUUAGACCCUGAUGAAGAUGUACUGAAUCUAGGACCCACUGAAAAUGACCCAUUUGCAUUUAACACUACUUGCUCUCACAAUGUCCAGGGCUCUGACCCUUAUGGCUUUAAACUCAGCCCUGAGGAGCAUAUGGACGAGGUUCUGGAAUACUGUGAACAAAAUAAGCAGGAGCCUCUGGACAAUUUUCUGUUUGACAAUGAACAAGUACAACCCCCCAGUUAUAGCAAGGGGGCAUUACUAGAACCUCAUAACAAUGGAAACCAAGAAGUACUUGGAUAUUGUAUUCCAAAUGAUGAUGAACUGCUAGAUUUGUACUACAAUGGAAACCGUGAAGUGUUGGACUCAUCUAGCCAGGCAAACAAAGACACAACCACUACUGAAAAUCAGGAACUGCUGGUUUUCUCCCAUGACUGUCAGGAAGAGGUGAAACCACUUUCCACUACCAACAGUGAGGAACUACUUGAACCCUGCAACUGUGGUAACCAAGAGGUGCUGGGACCGUGUAGUCAUGGCAGUUGGGAACUGCUGGACUUCUCCUGUCCUGAAAAUCAGGAAACACUGGAUUUUGAAAGUAACCAAGAAGUAGUGGACUUUAGUCACAGUGAAAAUAAGGACAUGCUACAAAAGGAAUCCCUAGAGUUAGGAGGUCAUGACAACCAGGAAGUGCUGGAUCUACUGAAAAAUAAUGUUCUUCCCGAAGGAAACAACAAUAGAUGCUUUGUGGAACCGCAAGCUUGUGUCAAGCCCAACAGAAGCAGUUCAGACAGUUCAGAUAGCCAUGUGGCAUCAGAGGAGCUUAACCCCAGCACCACCAGCUCCAGUAAUGCCUGUGCUAGCAAUCUGCUGGAGGGAGAUCUCACUUCAGUGUUCGGAGCUGGAGGAUACAUUGGUUGCCCUGAUGUUGCUGAUGAUUUGGAGUUCCUGGAUCGAACACAGACACAUUCGGUUGCUGAACUUGUAAAACCAGUCAGACCAGUUAGGCCUCCCCGGCCCUCUCUCAGGGCUCAGGAGAAGAAUCAGUCCCAGGCUCAAGACAUUGACCUGAAGUAGGGAAAUUUUAUGUACUUUUAUUUUUGGAGGAUUCCAAAUGCUAUGUCAGAGAUAAAAGAUGCCAAGGUUAUGCACCGGUUGACUUCAGCAGAUCUAUUAAUACUCAUCAGGAAACGUCACUGUGCUGUGGCUUUACUCUGUGUUUUAUUAUUUACAGAGGUUGGAUGUGAGUAUUGUCUUCAUAUCCCUUUGUUAGUUUUAGAUUGUCAAUCAAUGACACUGUGUUAAACCCACGUUUGUUUACAAUAUCAGCUGCCAACAAACGUCUUUGGACCAAGCUAAUUAUUAUGUGGCACUGGUUUUAACUGCUUACCAUAUUUUGAUUUGAACUUGGCACUAAAACAAAGAUAAUUAGA